AUGGCUAUCGGUAUUUAUGAUUUAUGCUUACAAAAAGUUAUUUUAUAUGACUUUAUGUUCCUUUAUAUUCAAAUGUCGCCAUAUACAAAUGUGUUUGUAUUUUUUGCAUUGGCCCCAUCAUUUUUUGUAUUCUCAUCAAUAUGUAAUCUGUUGGUAUUGCUGUCAAUUGUACGACGUCAAUCGAAGAGUGCCCGGAAACAGAUUGGUCGAACACUGAAUCCACGACAAUUACAGCAUCAGAAAGGCAUUGUUUAUACAUAUGUAUUACAGGCAUUUAUGCCACUUAUCUUAGCUACUCCUUACUAUAUUGCCAAUUUAUUUAUAAUGUUUUCCAUUGAUAUACCGAUGGAAUAUUUUACGAUUAGUGAAGCAAUCAUUGGAAUACAUCCGUUAGCAUAUGCUGUUAUUAAUUUAACACUUCUGAGGCCGUAUCGAAGAGCCCUGAAGAAGAUGAUAGACCAAGUUAAGCCUGUUAAAGUACAGUAUAAUAGUAUGAUGAUCAGUAAUUCAAAUGCUACAAAUGAGGAUUGUAUGCUAUAA